AUGAAUGACCAGUAUCGGGGCAGCCCUCAAAAGAGGAAGAAGGCCAAGGAGAAGAAGAAAAAGAACGACGAAGAAAUCAAAGUGACCAAAGAGGUCAAAGAGGUCAAUGAUGGAAUUAACUAUUCACUGAUAAAUGACUACCACGACAGUAACUUCAAAAAAAAUUUCUACAUUAAGAGCAUACGGACCGAUGGCAACUGCCUGUUUAGGGCUGUGUCGGACCAGCUGUACAACAGCGAGGAUAACUACAAGGAGAUAAGGAAGCUGGUGGUGGAUCAUCUGCUGAGGAACGAGGAGAAGUACCAGCACUUCAUCGAGUAUGACGAAAGUUACAAGUCUUACAUUGAGAGAAUAAGUCUGGAUGGGACAUGGGGCGGCCAGCUGGAGCUUCAAGCAGUGGGCGAGCUGUUCACCGUGAACAUCCUGAUCUACCAAGAAAACGGGUGCAUCCUGGAGAUUAAAAAUCACAGCGAUGAUAAGAAGUGCAUCCAGCUGCAUUACGCCUCCAGUGAGCACUACAACAGCGUCCGGUUUAAAAACAGGGCCCUGGAAAACCAGCUCAAGUCAAUCGUGGAGCUGCGCGAAAUACUAAACAACAAGGACGAUAAUGAGUCCACCAAGACGUUCUACGAAACGACGGACAACGAGCUGACCGAAGACAACGAGGAUGACCUGUCUGACCACACCGGAAACGAAAAUAAAAACGUUGGAGAGUGGGUUGACGAGAGGGAAUUCACCCUUAACAGCUCAGUGGAGGAGGACUACCUACAGUACGACUACCCUCAGGAGAACAAUCGAAACAACAUUUUCUCCCUCAGUGAUGAUGAAACGGAGCCGUGCUCUUUCGACAUCUUGCAGAAUAUUCAUAACGGUAUUAAGAGGAAGGGGGUGAGGAGCAGAAGCAUGCCAACUAUCAAUGAGCGGUUUUUGUACUUCUUUGCGAAAAAUCAAGUCAGUGAGAGCAUGGACAGUGACAGCACCAUAGAUGUGCUGAAUGAGAAGAAGGGCUUCGAAAGGAGGAAGCCAAAAAAGAACGAAAACAGGAAGCUCAAUUUUUUGAAGUAUAACUACAUAGGUCAGAGGCCCGACGACUUGCUGAGCGAGUGCGUCUCCGCCGCGGGGAAGAGCGAAACUGCUGUUGGGAAGAGCCAAUCUGCUGCUGAAGCCACUACUGCUGUUGGGGCCGCCCCACUCCUCGGGGAGGAGAACAAGACCAUCCGCAUUUGCUACAACAAGACGUUUUACAAGUACCUGUGCAUGUCCAAAAUGGUGGAAGUGGAGGACAGGCAGCGGGGCAAAGCGGCCGAUCUGGUCGGCGGUCAUUACGAGUGCGGCAGCGGGGGAGGCCAGGCAUGCAGAAUAGCGGCAGCAGCGAAGGCGGCUCCCGGGAAAGCGACACCACCAAAAGGGGAAGCUGCCAAUGAUGCCGCCAAAGAAGCUGCCAAAGGCGCGGCGGGGAAAUCCCACCGCAGAAGCGAGGCCAACCUGGGUGAGCCGCCCACCCCCCUGAAGCACCUGAACAGUGCAGGCAGGCAGGGGUACAUUUCCAACUACGAAUUGGAGAACAACUUUAGCAGGGCGAAGAAAAAAGAGUUUGACGAUUUUUUAAAUCUGUACAGCGAAAAGAUUUCCUACAGCAGGAACUCCUUCUGCAAGAGUAUGUCCACCAACGAUUGCAAGUCGAGUCACGCGGAGGGGGUGGCGGAUGGGAUGGCGGCCCCGACCAGUGAGCAAGCCACUUCUGACUACGUAAAUUAUGAGUACGCGAGAAGCCUAUCGUUGAACAAGACGUCCAGCAGCAACGAAGAAGUAACGGCUCCCUCAUUUUGCUUCGAUAAGGACUCCAUUAGCUUCGAGCUGCGACCCGAUGUGUAUGGCAAGGGAGUUGAAAGAAGUGACUUGGCAACAGAAGGUGAUGCGAGGAACAAAUGUGUUGCCCAUCAGAAUGAAGAAGGGAAGAAAAUCUUUUGCAAUUUGACGAGGAAGUCUCAGGAUAUCUUUGAUAUAAUAAUCGAUGAGGAGUACGUUCUAAGCAUGGACAGCAACUUGCUGUGUUCCCACAUUGGCAAUAAGCACGUGGGGAGAGGCAGUUGGCAUAAGAAGAGGGGAAACUCCCAACAGGAGGAGGUACUAUCGCAGAUGCGUGGACGGGGAGGAGGAAAAGUAUCUUACCCUGUUGUUAGCCCUUGUGUGCUGAACUCGCGAGCGUCUUUUUCCGGUUCGAGGGCCCCAAGAGGGGGGAAAACCAGCCAAAUUGCCGCUAAACUGGGGGGCGACCACGAUAGGGCGGGGCGCGGGCCCAACUGCAGGAUUAGGAGGAGGAACCACGAGGGGGAGGGCAGCGGUGAGGGCAGCGGCGAGGGAAGCGGCGACACCUCCGCACAUUCGCAUACGGAUGCGUCCGCGCGAUCAAGCACAGACAGAUCUGGAAAUUCGCACACAGAAAUUUCUAACCACCCGCGUAGAGACCCUCCCCGCCGAGGAGGCAUGAACGCGAGGGACCUUUUCCUAAAGAAGAAAUACCUGAACAAAAAAUUCAUCAACAUGUUUUCGAAGGACGUCCAUUCGAAGGGCCUCUUCCACUUUCUAAACGCCGACUUCCUCCUCAGUGGAGACAAAAUAAAAUACAUCAUCCCCUUCCUCUUCAAUAGCAAACAGAUGAACAUCUUUAAGGACAACCUAAAUAGAAAGGAGAUCCACUUUUACGAGUACGUGACCUUCUCCUUUAAUUUGGACAAGCAGAAGCUAAGGAAAAAAAUUGAAUGUUCCAAAGUUCUAAAUGAGGAGUUCCUCAUUAAGGAGAAGCACAAGUAUAGUAAGUUCACGCGGGGGGGGGACGGCAAGUCGGCCUGCUCCCUGCGCAGGGGCCUGGAGAACCGCGUCAAGAUCAUCUCGAUUUAG